GCAUUAAAUAUAUCUCCUAGAGCAUUAGCGUUAGAUAUGCCUAUAAGACAGUCUCCACUAUUUCAUCCGAACAAGCCUUCAGUACGACAGGAAGAA